AUGAAGGCCAUCUAUGUCGGGUCUGGCAUUUCUCUUGUGGCUUCUGCAUAUGCAGCGUUCGGAGCCAAUGUGGUGUUCACAGUUAAUAAAAGGAACUGUGAUAUCACAUCCUUGAAGUUCCAAGGCAAGGAGCUCCAAUGGAACUCGAAAGGAUCGCACAUCGCUUCGGGCCUUGGGAGCGCGACUGUGUCGGCUAAGAGAGCUCCGCGAUGGUCACUUUGCGUGGCAGGUUCCUUGACGCAGUAUCUCAUUGCCAGGUCUGGAAAUCCAGUGAUUUAUAUGGCUACGCACAUCACCGCCCCACAUUCGGUUGGCGAAUUACGAUUCAUUGCCCGCAUCCGGUCGAACGAGAUGCCCAACUCGAUGCCUCUUGGAGACGUAUCGAAGACUAGCGGCGGUUCGGCAAUCGAGGGAAAUGAUGUCUUCCUUGUUAAUGGACAGACCCGACCGAAGUUCUAUUCUAGUGAGCGGUUCAUCGAUGAUAAAGUCCAUUGCAUUGGAGGAAGUGGACGAGCGGCUUGCAUGGUCAUACUCAACUACGAGACUGCGCCCGGAGGUCCGUUCAUGAGAGAUAUCAACACCAAUAAUGGCGGCGAGAGCAAUGACCUCUACUUCUAUAUGAACUCGGGUCAUCUUAGGACUGAGGACUGGUGUAUGGGAUUGCAUGGGCCUUAUGCGAUACACUUUACCGGAGGAAGUAUAUCUGACGGCAACCUCGACACUUCCUUCUUCAAAGAUCUUGGUAUCCGCGGAUACGUGCCGGACUCUGCACGAGGUUCCAUGUCUGACCAGGUCUCGGGCGUUGAAGCUGGGAAGCAAGCUGUCGUUCAUUUCAAGAACAAGGAGGCGCAAUAUUGGGCUCGCGCCGACGAUACCGGGAAUUAUAAGACGCCUCUGAUGAAACCCGGGUCGUACGAAAUGACCCUCUAUCAGGGCGAGUUCCCCAUCGGCAAAUCGAACGUGCAGGUCAACCAAGGGACCAUCACAGCGAAAAACCUGGCGGGGACGUCUCUGUCGAGCGGCACCUUUUGGCGAAUUGGCGAUUGGGAUGGUCAGCCCACCGGAUUCCAAAAUGCCGACAAGUUCCACCGCAUGCACCCAACUGACCGUCGCAUGACGUCCUGGGGCCGGUUGACUUACACUGUAGGUUCGAGCACUCUUGGCAAUGUUCCGAUGGCCCUGGUCAAGGGGAAGAAUGACCCCUUUACCAUCGUCUUCAACUUGGAUGCCAAUCAAGCCAAAGCGGCAACCCUUCGGAUUGGAACCACACUUUCCUUCGCUGGUGGACGACCGCAAACGAAUGUGAAUAAUUGGGCAGGACCUGCCCCAUCUCAACCUACCAAGAUUGACUCUCGAGGGCUGACAAGGGGAGGAUAUCGCGGACAUGGUGAGGUGUAUACUUUAAAUAUUCCUGCCGGUACACUGGUUACGGAGAAGAAUACCAUAACCAUUAACGUCUUGUCUAGCUCUUCAGGGACAGACUUCCUUGCGCCCAACUUUAUAUUGGACGCGAUUGAACUGUCCCAGUGA